AUGUUUGACAACGAAUUAUUUAUUAAUGAGGUAUCGAAUGAGGAAUCUAUAUGGAAUAUAGAAAAUAAGUUAUACCAUGAUAAGAAUGCCAAACAUGUAAGCUGGACCAAGGUGGCCAGAGCUUCUAUUGCAGAUUUCGACGAGCUUGAGGACAUUAUUAAAAGCAAAAAAAUAGCAGAAUUACAGAAAAAAUGGAAAUCUUUAAGGGAUAGUUACCGUCGUAAAUGCAUCACCAAAUCUGGGCAAGCAGCAACAAGAUCUAAGCCGUACAUAUAUGCCAAUGUACUAGAAUUUUUAAGACCAACCAUGCAAAAUCGAACGACUGAAAGUAAUAUACAGUCAAGCGAAGACGAGGUAUCUGUGGGUGAAAGUGGGGAGACUGAAGAUGUGGAUUUAGUUGUUGGGAACAAUAUUACUGCAGAAGAGAUCAUGGCCAAUUCCGAUGCAGAGGAGCCAUGUGCACGACCACCAAAUAAAAAAUUGAAAAAAAAUCCAAAGAAGACUGCGACAUCGAAUUUUGGAUCCUCUUUGUUGAAAAUAUUAGAAAACCGCCAAAAAAUACCAGAAGACCCGGAAAAAUCUUUUUUGUUGUCAUUACUCCCUCAAAUUAAAUCGUUGGACGAAGACCAAAAAACUCGGCUGUAUGUUGAAUUUUUAAAUGCCAUACAACGAGUAAAAAACUGCUCUGUAACCCCUACUUAUCCUUAUAAUACACCAAAUAAUCAACCUUACUCCCCAUUCCCCCCUCAACACUAUUACACCACAAAUAAUAAUCCUCAAAGUGUAUCUUCAUCUAUUUCUCAUCAAACACCACUAUCACACAUGCCACAUUUUAAUAUUACUCCUCAUCAAUAUGCUUCCCAAAAUGUGCCUACAACUAUGAUAAACAAUACUACUAUUACUUCUCCACAAAGAGUGAAUGAUGAAUUAAACUAUGUUCCACAGUCACCCUCUACUGAAAUUCGUUCUGCUCAAAAACAAAACCAUUACUAUAAUUAUUAA